UGGACACGGGAGCGGUGAUGGACUCGAAGGGGCAGGUAGAGAUGUUCGCUUAGCACGCUAUGUAAGUGGACCACAACUUGGCAAAGCGUAAAAGGAAUCUGAAGUAGAGAAGCAAGAACGGAUACAGGGGAGACGACAAAAUGGCAUUGACAAAGACCGGUGUUUGAUUUUGGUUACAGAAAUGUCAAAAAACUAAGGAUGAUUGGCAUAACUAUUGCAUUUGCAGUGAGUCUGGAUAAUAGGCCUAAAGGUGAAUCUUUUUCUGAAUCCACUGGAUAGUUAGCAUUUUUGUGGACUUCUCAAGCUACUUUUCCCCUAUACUUUGAGAAUGCUGCUAAGAAUGCAAAUAUGUUUUGCUCUAAGCAUCCUAGGGAUGGUUUGCGAAGCCGCAAGACCAGUGCGCUCAUUGUCACGCGCUGUAUCAAGAAAAGGUCCCGCAGACGCCAGCAAGUUUGACAGAAACAUAGAAAAAUUGAUAGAGCGAAUACACGAUUUAUCCAACGAAAAUCACAACGUUGAUGCCAAUGCCAGGGGCGGCAUCAGCGCAGACGAAAUUUUAGAGGACCCAAAUGUCAGGACAGGUGGCACCGUGUUAGAGGGCAUUGACUUGAGCGCUUAUUAUGGUGUUCUGGGCAAGGUAUUUGCCAUGUAUAGACCACUAAUAGAAGAUGGAUUUAUAGAAAACCUCCCUAAAACGUUUGUGUGCAUUUUGUCUGGGAGAACGGACUGUGGCUUGGAGGCAGAAUUGACAAAGACUGUGUCACUUGAGCUUGGCAAACCGCUACUGUCGCUUCUAUCAUCUGUCAAAUCUCAGACAUGCACAAGAAGCAGUACAAGUUCAGAACCGUCACUUUUUCAAAGAUCCUACCUCAGAGUAGACGAUUCCACAGUAGAACAAUUCAGUGCUUUUCAGGAGAUAAUGACUGCUUUGUCACAUCUUUCCUUAUCUGAUAAAGUUAUGUCUGCUUGGACUGGUCUAAUAGACAUGGCAUUUCCUGCUAUAGUGACACAUGGUUCAGAAUUCAUAUUGACAUUUCUCCAAACCCCAAUGGAUUAUGUAAAAAUAGCACUGCAAUUUGGAAUUGCAAUUCCCGCUCUGGACCAAAAUGAACAAUGUCAGCAAGGGGAUCUAAAGCAGCUCCUGAUGUGGGGUAUACGUCACAAUGUGAGCUGGUCCUUUGGUGACACCAUCUUGGAUAUGUUCCUGACUCCAGAAUCAACACUGUGCAGCUACCCAGGCCCAGACUGCCAGAGCCUCCCCACAGUCUCCUUCAGCCGUACCCUCAAAGCGGUAGAGGACAACCCCACUGCCCUGCUGAGGUGUGACCACGACAACCUAGCCCGUUUCAACGACACCCUGUGCGCUGACAUCAUCACAGUGGGCCUACAGAGCUCCUCAACACUUUCCACUUUCUGCAACGCUCUGAGCAUCCUGAACCCCACUGAGGUGGAACAGGUGUGGAGUAACACCUGUCAUGUUAUCCAGGCUCUACUGUUGCCCCUCCUGGAGGACAGGUCUGACUGCAGUGGGGACAUGCCCGCCCCGCCUCCCCCAGGCCCACGGGUCUCAAGAUCGCUCAGCCUCAGCCAGCUGCUGUGUAACUACGGCAACUGGACCAAUGCUAGUGACGUGGACGCAGGCCUGGUGACACUGUGUAGUGAAAAUGACAGGCAAGAAUUCAUCCUAGCGGUGUGCAGCAAUAUCCAGCUAAUGCAGGCAUUGAUGAACAACAAUCCUAACAAUAGCUGGCUGUGGAAUUUCUGUGUUAACUCCUCUGAUGGAUACAUGGUGAGUCAGUUCUGUAGGUAUCAGACCUGGACGGCGGAGACAGUCGACCCAACCAUGGUGGCCGUCUGCUGGGACCAGGACAAGGAGAGGCUGAAUAUCCUCCUCUGUCAGAACCUGGACUUCUUCACGGUUGUGUUUUCACAUGUUGACAACAACUGGCUGCAGCUGAACUGUACAGAGGCCCCGACACAGCCAGAUAUAAACUCUCUGGUGGCGGCUUCCUGCCAGUACUCAGAAUGGCGAAACGUGAUGGAAAUCACCAUAGAGAUGAUAUCCAUGUGCAUCCAGAAUGAUGACAAGGGUUUUGUACUGGAGGUGUGCGCCAAUGCCACCUUUCUGAAUGAACUGCUCCGUAAUAGUGCUACUGUAUGGGUUGGAGAAUACUGCACCGUCUCCCUUAACUCUCCACCCACCAACCCACCUGUGGUGUUCAGCAUCCCAGACUGGUGCAACUAUGAUAAGUGGAGCAAGGUGCUGGUGGACCCGUCAAUGGUGGAGCUCUGCUGGCGACACGACCAGAUGGGUUUUAAUAAGAACGUGUGCUGCAACAUGCCCCUGUUAGAGAAGCUCACUUUGGAGCCCCAGAACGAGUGGCUCGUGUCUGUCUGUGUCGACAAGGAGACCAAGGACAUCCUGCCCCAGGUGUGCAAAUACUCUGACUGGAACAAGCCCAUCAUUGUAGACAUGACUGAUCUGGCUCUCUGUGCUGAGCUGGACUCUCUGAACUUCACUCAGAAGGUGUGCGCCAACACCACGGUGCUCCAGAACCUGCUAGCCAACCCUGACAAUACAUGGCUGUUGGCGUAUUGUGCAAACCACACUGGCCCCGGCGGUGGAGGGGGACAGGGAGGAGGCCUGAUGGGGUUUAAGCCGGUAGAACAAUGCCAGUACCACAGCUGGACAGUGGCACUUCCUGACACCUCUCUCCUGACCCUGUGCUGGGACUACGACCAGGCCAACUUUGUCUCAUCCAUUUGCACCAACACUGGCCUCCUCUCCCUGCUCACCAAGGAGCCCUACAGCCUGUGGGUGGGCACGCUCUGUACCACCUACACCAACUACACCAAAGGAAACAGCCAGGGAAAAACCAACAACACCUCCACAGACUCCCAGCCCUGCCUGGUCAGAGACAUUGUGAGGAGGCUGAACUGGACUUGUACUGCAGACUUCAGCCCAGCCUGUCAGCCAGGCUCCAGUCAGACGCAGGUUCUGCAGCUGCUUUUGCACUGCGGGGUGAAGGCCCUGCAGCAUCGCUUGGAGGGGCUCCUGACCACACACAUGGCCUCUGUGGUGGACCAGGCCACCAGUGUGGCCGUGGUGCUGUUGGUGGCCCUGGAGGAGAGCCAGAUGAUGUCUCUACGUGUGACUGAAAAUAUCCGCUUCAAUGUGCUCAAGUCUGUGGUGCUCUAUCUAGAGAAGGAGACCAACUUUGACAACAAGAGGAUCCUGCUGCAGUGCUUUGGGAAAGUACUGACCAGUUUGAUGCAAACAGGAAGACAUGGGAACAGUGAUGGAUUUUUCCUCAUCAAGGAGUAUUUCCGUAUCCCUCUGGCAAGUCUGAGGGCAGUGCUGGGUGCAGUGGACAUCACCACAGUCAGACAGAUACUGCAGUACUUCAGCAGGAACCAGGGGACAUUGCAGUUUACAGAUGACUACCUAGGCACCAUGGUAUCUGUGCUUUUCCAGACCCACUUGGUUAGGGACGGGAGCCUCUUUCCUGAACUGGUACCCCUACUUGCCCUGGUCAACCCUGCAGACAUCCAGUCACUGCCCCCCUUACAGACCAACCUCAUUGUGAGAAAUACCAUCAACAGCAACAUCAGGAGCCUGUCGGUGGAGCAGCGCAGGGCCUUUGGGAGGUGGUACAGCCGAGCCCUCAGCUCCCUCAACAUGACAGCCGGCGGCCCCUCCUUCAUCAGGGACACUGGUAACCUGAUAGUCUACCUGCCCUUUCACAGCUUCCAGCAUCUCUCACCUGCUCAGCUGUUGGUUGGUAUGGAUGUGUUGCUGAUGAACACUCUAAGCCAACUUCAACAGCAGUUUGUGGCUGACAGCCUCAUAAGGACCUUCAGAAAUCUAACAGUGGAACAAUUCAGGAGGCUUGGCAACCUGACGUGUCUGUCAGACCCAAAGGACCUGCAGGUGUACAGAAACGCAGAGGCCUUCUCUGUGAUUCAGGACAACAUUAGGACAUGUGUUGCCCAGGGCCUCAGGGGCCCCAGUGACAUGAUCUCCAGCUUGUUCCUGAACGGGAGUGAGCUUCAGUCUCCUGGCUCUCUCUCUGCCGGCCGAGUGUCUCAGCUGGCUCCCUUCUUGCCCUGGCUGGGUGUGGACUUUCUGCAGAAGCUCAGCCAAUCCCAGCUCAGCCCUGCACUGACAGCCCUUGCCUCUGUGCCCUUCACUCCUGCACAGGCCAGUGUAAUUGUGGACAAAGUGUCUCUAAACAACAGUCUGGCUCUGCCGGGGCAGCUGCAGAAGCUGGGCUCUCUGGUGAGUGGGGUGAAGGUUGAGACUCUGUGGAACUUGCCCUCUGACAUCCUGCUGUCCUCUCUGCCUGACAUCGCCCUGCAUACGCCCGGCCUCAACCCCCCACAGGCCAACACCAUCACCACCAAACUCUGGGACUCACCAGAGGUGACUGGCUGGUUGGAUAAGGUGGAGCCCCUGCUCCCCAGCACCCCUCUACUCAGUGUGCUGACCAGGGCUAGUCUGCUGUUGACCAACAGGACCUUGGCAGGAAGACAAGCCUGGAACACUCAGCAGGCUAAAACUCUUUUUAAAGAAGCAGUGAAGACCAUGCCCAAUCUUUCCACUGAGACGUUUCUUGCCCUUGGAAGCAUUGCUCGAGGUGUAAGCUGCACAGCCCUGCGACAGCUCUUCCGGGACAAGCCAACAUUUUCCUCAAUGCAGAGUGUCCUUGCAUUCAUGAAUAAGCAGUCUGUUCCUCUCCAUUCCUCACUGAAAAAGUGCAUCAUCGAGGAGCUGUACUACUUUGACUUCUUCUCUGAGCUGCUGGGAGAGUUUGGCGCUCAGAUCACACUGGCCCUGCCGGUGAGCACUAUUAAGAAGUUCCCUGCCGACAUGAUGGACACUCUCAGGAAGAUGAUUGUGAAGGACUCCCAUCACUUCCUGCUCCUCCCCAGUACAAAACAGGAUAUUCUGGUGGACAAGAUGGUGCAGAGACUUGGCAUGUACACGGGGGAGUUCACUGAGGAUGAGUUCCGUUCACUGGGCAUCAUGGCGACCUAUGUAGUGGAUGAGGUGUUUGUGCAGCUGGUGCGGAGCUUCUUUGUGGAGAGCCUGGAGUUCCUCCGAGAGUUCUGCUAUAACAGCAGCAAGAGGGACAUCGUCGCACAGAUCCUACAGGAGCCUGGCACCUUCGGCCCCGUUCAGAACUGGACCACUGAGACACUCAAUCAAGUGGACAGAUUCUUAUUCUUCCUUCCCAAAGAGACGCUGCAGCAGAUUCCCCAGGCCCUGAUGACCCAGGGGCGUAUAGAGAGGCUGUUUCUGAGUCAGCGCCGGUGGGAGUCGGGUGCUGUUGGGGCCCUCUGCAUUCAGGGCCGGGACCAGGUUGAACAGACAAAGCUGUUUGAGAGGCAACAGUUUGUUCUUCAGAACUUCCUGGGUUUUCUCAAAGUGGGGCAGGUCACACCUCCUGCAUUGAUGCCCACAUGUGAAAAGCUGCAUGCAACACAGCCUUCAGCCUGGAGCACAGACAGCUUGACAGGCAUGUCGUCUGCCGCCUUCAGCUGUAGUCUAGAGCUCUUUGGCCAGGACCCCUUCUUUUCAUCAUACCAACAGAAACUACUCCUCCAGAAAACUAAAGAGAUCUAUGGAGCGGCCAGGUCCUUCUCCUCAUCUGUGAUUACACAGCUGGGUCGUAUAGCCUCCCAGCUUUCAGUGGCAGAGCUGAGUGUGAUCCGGCUGUCUGAGCUGAGCACCAUCUCUGCACUGGGGGCAGUCAGCACCUGGAACAGCAGACAGCUGGCUGUGCUGUCCUCCUCUGUGCUCAACUCCACCCAGGUGGGUCUUAGUCAGCUGGCCUGUAGCACCCUGGUGGCUAUGGGACACAUAGUGUGUGGGAUCAAGGACUCAGACAUGCGCUCCCUGAAUGCAGUGGAGUUCAGGGGGUGCUGCAGCACCCUCACUUCCUGAGGAUAUGAAGCCUAUUCCUGCACUUGAAUUUCUGAGCUCCAUGUUCAAGUCGGCUACUUCAAGCCCUUUGUAUUGUUUACAAUUGCAGGUCUAACAUGGUAAAACAAAAUGUAUUUGUCAUGUUAUUUCAUUACAAGAUCAUUGUGAAUAAGCCCACUAGACUGUGUAAUUUGUUGUCAUUAUAUCCAGAAUCAUUCAUAGGAAUAGCGUUGGGUGUUGUGCAAUAGUCGAUCCUACACAAUUGCGCACAGUAGACUUGGCUUCCAAUCCGAGGCACAAAAGCAUAUGAAAACACAAACUCUACCUUGAUGCUUUCUCUGUUAAAUCUAACAGACGACAAACAGAUGAUCAAUAUCAAUUUGCUACAGAUCGUGGAUCCAGGCACAACUGUCUUCACUGGUGUAACGAAUGAGACACAAAUAUUCUGGACAUUUCUCACAAACACCUUUUUUUCCCAGCACUUGGUCAGUUGCAUCGCAUGCGCUAUUGCUAUAGCUGGUCAUCACUUGACUGUCAUUCUGAAAAUUCCUUCCUGGAUCUGAUGAUGUGUGGAAAUAUCAUGGCGUAACCAGUCAGCUGGUCACCAAAUGUGCAUCCAACAAGUAUUGUGCAUAAUUACUGAAGAACCCACAUGAAUGACCGUAUCAAAUGUAGGUUUUAAGUAUCUAGGUAAGGUGACUCUUUCGGGUUAGAAGCCUUUCGAUUUUGCAAUGCAUACAUUAUUUUGGAUUUGUGUGCCCAUGAAAACUGUUUUCACCUGCAACAUAAGGAGAUACGAAAUGUUACACUGCAUUUCUGAGAUCUCUAUACAAAAAACUAGCCAAGAGCUAGAUCCAGGAUUCUUACAAGGUUCAAGUUCAAUGUCUAAUUGAACCGAUUAAUGCUUCAUAUAAGAUAUAACAACAACUUACACUGCCAUAAAUGCAAGGACAGAAAAGUCAUGUUUUGGCCAUAUUGGCACUCCAGUCUCCUUAGGAAUUAAUGGAAUUCUAAAUUAUUUUAAUGAAAUGUUUCAUGGACAAAAUUACAUUUUUUUUGUUGAUGUGGGGACAGUAAUACUAGUACUUUCUAAAAUGUAUACUUUAAUGGAAAAAAAACUAUAUAUAUUUUUUUUAAUGUUAAGCUCACAUAAUAUAAUUUAAAAGUAUGCAUUAAGGUGUCUGUAAUAGAAUGAAACAUGGCAAAAAUAAACGUAGACAUUAAAUUCCUUUCUAUAACUUCCAAAACAUGUUUUACUAUGAUGGGAGUACCAAGAUGGGGAUGCGGUGGCUUCAAAACACUGCCCUCUGUCAGUCAUCUAGUGUAUAUGUAACACAUGUUAAUCGUACUCUCCUUGCAUUGUGUUUUGUUCAAAGAAAUCACCCCAGCCAGUGGUCCCAGUUGAGCGUUAUUUAUUAUCUGUGGUUAAAUAGGAAACAGCAUGUUAGUUGUGCAGGACUUAAUGAUGUUGAUGGCUGUCGAUGGUAAAAUCUGUAGCAAGAUAACAACUGUGUUAGCAGUGUGCUUAUGUGACCAUUACAUCGGUGCAUGCUUGCUAAAACACUUAUAUACACCAAUCAUAUACCAAAGCACAUCCCAGAAAGCCCCUCAAUCCCUAACAGGUACCAUAUACCCAAACAUGUAUAAGUCAGCAAUGUACAGCAAACUGGUACACAUUGUAAAAUAUAAAAAUAGAAUACUGUCUUCAGAACUCGGAACUACCCCUUGCAUCACAUUUUCAUACUGGGGAGACGUUCGCGAUCUCCCCCUAUCUGCAAGCGGGGCCAAUAACAACACGCCUUAUUGUCAUCGGAAUUGAACCAAUCAAUAAGAAUGCUUGAACAUUAAAUACACAUUUCUUUCGAGGCAAGUAGAAACAUAACCACCCCUGUUACAUAUAUACAUAAUUGUCUGUAACUCACCUCUCCCCCCU